AUGGACAAUCCUCGUCAAGAUAUCGAGAGAAAUGAUCACAUCACGGAAAACGACAAUGAAUAUACAGAUGACCCGCAACACACCCUCAACAAGGGAGAACCCAACGCGAGGGCUGAUGCAGCCAUUGCGGAGAUUGUCAGUGCCAAAAGAGGGCUGAAACAGCGCCACAUCCAAAUGAUAGCCUUGGCCGGAACGAUCGGUACCGGGUUAUUCCUCGCAACAGGCAAAUCUCUAGCAAGGGGUGGACCACUCGGUAUCCUGAUCGCGUAUUGCAUCGUGGGUAUGCUCAUUUGCUGCGUGGUCCUCUCAGUAGCCGAAAUGAGCGCUCUGGUUCCUCUUUCUGGUGGUAUCAUCCGACAUGCAGAGUGGUUUGUGGAUCCCGGCCUGGCGUUCGCACAGGGAUGGAACAGUGUGUACGCAAAUGCCAUCUUACUCCCAGCCGAGAUGGUUGCCUGUGCUGUCAUCAUCGACUUUUGGACUCAUAUCAACCAUGCGGUGUGGAUAAGCGUUCUUGGUGCGCUUCUGAUCACGAGCAAUAUGCUCCUGGUGAGCUUUUACGGCGAAUUAGAAUUCAUCUUUGCAAUGUUGAAGAUUGCCUUGAUCGUUGGCAUAAACAUUAUGAGUCUCUGCAUCACAUGUGGUGCAAGCCCCCAGGGCGAGCCAAUUGGUUUCCGGUUUUGGGGAGAUCCAGGACCUUUUGUGCAGUUCCUCGGUAUCGCGGGCUCAUGGGGCCAGUUUCUGGGAUUCUGGCGGGUGUUGGGGAGUGCAGCCUAUGCAUUUUCCAACGUCGAGAACAUAUCAGUUGCAGCGGCCGAAACCCAGAACCCUCGUCACAACAUUCCCAAGGCUGCUCAGCGAGUUUUUUGGAGGAUAUUGAUCUUCUACAUUAUUACCAUGUUCUUCAUGGGUCUUGUUGUCUCGUCGGAUGAUAAGGGGCUGCUGUCUAAUGCUGGAGAUGCCGGGGCUUCUCCAUUUGCAAUCGCGGCUACGAAUGUUGGGAUCAGAGCGGUUCCUUCUAUCAUUAAUGCUGUCGUUGUGACAAGUGCUUGGAGUGCUGGUAAUUCUGCCAUGCUGGUUGGAACCAGGACAUUAUAUGGUCUCGCUCAAGAUGGACAUGCUCCCAAAUUUUUCACUUGCAUCAACCGGUUUGGAGUUCCUUGGCUCUCUGUCACCGCGGUUGGAUCUUUCAUGCUGUUGGGAUAUAUGACUCUAUCGUCAGCGGCUUCUGUUGUUUUUGAUUGGCUACAAGAAUUGGUCUCGGCUGCAUCAUUAGUGCACUGGAUCAACAUCGAAAUAAUCUAUCUGAGGUUCUAUUACGGUUGUCAGAAGCAAAAUAUAAGCCGCGAUGAACUCCCAUGGAAAAGUCCUUUCCAACCCUAUGCGGCGUGGAUAUCCAUGUUCUCGUUUGGCAUCAUUCUUCUGACUGGUGGCUUCUACAUUUUCAUUGAUGGUUAUUGGAGUCCCCAGACCUUCGUUUCAUCUUACUUCAACAUUCCGCUUAUCUUCAUUUUGUACUUCGGCUACAAAUUCUGGCGAAAGACUAAGGUCGUUCCCCUGGAAGAAAUUCCAAUUCGUGGAUUCCUUCGAAUCGCACAUGACAACCCAGAAACCAUCCCGCCUGCAGCGGCUGGAUGGCGCAAAUUGAACAUUCUUUGGGGCUAA